AUGGACGAACUGUUAGUUAGGCAUCGCAAGGAGCAGAAGGACCUCCAAGCGCGCAUCACGCAGAAGAAGAAAGCUGCCACUAGGAAAACCAGGAAAGGUGUCAAUGAUGAGUGCGAGCGAUUACAGAGGGACUUGGACGAAAAACACAAGGCGGAGAUUGUUAAACUGAACGGCGAGUCUGCCCCACCUAUUGAUGGGUUAGGGGAGCUGAGUCUUGAGGACGGGGUUACCAAUGGGGUCACCGAUAAGGUCAACGGCGAAAACGAUGCCCAUACUACUUCUCCCGCUUCAGCGCCCUCUCAAACUACGCCUGCACAUCGCUCCAAGAAGCCGAACCGUCACAAAGCGCGACUUGCACGUCGAGCUGCAGAACAAGCGGCAAUAGCUGCAGCUGCCGCGGAGGAGGCUGCAACGCAAAUAGAUCGCCGUGGAAACGAGCAAGAAGUUAUGAAUGCGGUUUUCAAACGGUUAGGUCUCAGGGAAGUAGAGGUUAACCCGGAUGGACAUUGUCUGUACUCGGCUGUCGCCACUCAGCUGGAUGAAUUGGGAAUUGGACUGAAGCCUGACCCGUCACGGAUGAUUCUUCAAUACACGACCCAGGCACGUGUUGAUACUGUGACUGAGCCCCGACUUGACGGCUAUCGGGCGGUCAGGGCUGUGGUAGCAGAUUAUAUCCUUGAGCAUAAAGACGACUUCGCACCAUUCCUGGCCGAGUCCUUGUACGAGUACACGCGGAGAAUCAAGCUUACAGCGGAUUGGGGUGGCCAGUUGGAACUCAUCGCUAUUUCUAGGGCGUAUGGCGUAGAAAUCAACGUCAUCCAAAAUGAUGGAAGGAUAGAAAAGAUUGAACCCGGAGACGGUCCCGAAGCUGACGCCGAAGGCCACAGACGGGUUCUCUGGUUGGCUUAUUUCAGACAUACUUAUGGACUGGGAGAGCACUACAAUGCGCUUCUGAAGGAGAAAUAA